AUGAGAGCCUAUAGAGGUGUAGAGAGGACUGGAUGUGUAGUGCUAACAGGAAGUGUUGAUUUGUUAUCGGUGUUCAUCCAUACGUCCUUCGAGAUCAAACCUGGCUGUCGUCGCGAAGAUUUCAGCCAGAUACGAAGCAAGAUCACUGCGCUGUCGCAUCCAUCUUGGCGUAGGGACUUGAUCACUGUUACACGCUCUCGCCUCCAGACGUUCAGCAGCGUGUCUAAUAGUAUACCUAUCACGGCGCAUCCACGGGAAGCGGAAGAAGACACAGAAAAUCAUCAAGGAAAAUUGUGUUCAAGGAUCAUCGGGAGGUCCACACUCUCUGCUUCACCAAUGUCAGCCAAGCGCAUCCUCUAUUUUGGAAUAGAUGCCGAUUCCAGGAAAUGGCAUCGUAUAGGCGACAUCACGAUGGCAUUUGAAAGUUCCAAGUUGCAAUCAAUUUAUCCGAUGUCCCGCACAAGCACCGAACAUCAAAUGGCAAAUGCUUCGAGUGUAGAUACUGUCAACACUGAAGACACCUCUCCGCUAAUGCCGCUGGGGAGAAUUUCUCCCAACUCCAUUCUCCCACCACUUCGCUUCGCUUCCCGUCUCCUCUCUUCUCCCUCCGCUCGUUUACUCGCUCUCGGCUUAGGUCGACGCCUCGUGUUACAGGGAAAAGGUUCGAUGGUCAAGGCUAUCAAUGACAAGCCGGUGGACUACUCGCAUAUCAUAUUGCUGAAGCCACUGCACAAAGGUAGCAACAAUGGAGUAGUUCACAAGGCCAAGUCCUUGAAAAAGGGACACGAGUAUGCCUCUGGUGCAGGAAUGAAGUCGACGCGAAAAGAAGGGAGAGGGAUGUCAUGCGGGGUCGAUGCGAGGGGUGGAGAGAGGAUGGGAGGUAUGCAGAUGCGAUGUGUGCAGGAAGCGUGCGGGAUGCAUGCAAGGGCAGGUCGCUCAAUCACCAGAUGCGCGAAUGGGUUGCGCCAAGGGUCCGUUACGGUGAAGUAUAUCUUCACGAUAUACCAGCACCUGUCUCAGGACGGCGCACUGAGACACCAAUCUGACCUAUCGACCAUGUAUGUCCCACCCGAACUAACCGACCUCAUCAUCGACAUGCACACGACCCUAACACCCUCGCCUCUUGCACCCUCGAUAACCAUCGGACAUCCAUCCCGGCCCAACUCGGCCAGACAGUUCCUUCCUCUCCUCCCAUAUGUCGGCGAUUUGGUCAAGUCCCUAUGGAUCGAAGCGGAAUGUGGGUUUCGCGACAAGGACAACUCGGAGGGAGACUUUAUGAUGAUGAACGACCUCAUCGAUGAGCUCUUAUGGAAGACAGCGCAUGAUAAACAACGGGUAUCACAUGACCCUGCUCUGCCUACCAUCCCCGCCUCGCUGCCGAACUUAACCUCCCUAGAAAUACGUGCCCUCUGA